CACCUGGAUGUGUAUACCCUACUGUCUGUAUGCAUACACAUAUACACACCUGGAUGUGUACAACAUACACACUCCUGGAUGUGUACACCCUACUGUCUGUAUGCAUACACAUAGACACACAUAUACACACCUGGAUGUGUACAACACACCCACUCCUGGAUGUGUACACCCUACUGUCUGUAUGCAUACACAUAUACACACCUGGAUGUGUACAACAUACACACUCCUGGAUGUGUACACCCUACUGUCUGUAUGCAUACACAUAGACACACAUAUACACACCUGGAUGUGUACAACACACCCACUCCUGGAUGUGUACACCCUACUGUCUGUAUGCAUACACAUAGACACACAUAUACACACCUGGAUGUGUACAACAUACACACUCCUGGAUGUGUACACCCUACUGUCUGUAUGCAUACACAUAGACACACAUAUACACACCUGGAUGUGUACAACACACCCACUCCUGGAUGUGUACACCCUACUGUCUGUAUGCAUACACAUAGACACACAUAUACACACCUGGAUGUGUACAACAUACACACUCCUGGAUGUGUACACCCUACUGUCUGUAUGCAUACACAUAGACACACAUAUACACACCUGGAUGUGUACAACACACCCUCCUGGAUGUGUACACCCUACUGUCUGUAUGCAUACACAUAGACACACAUAUACACACCUGGAUGUGUACAACAUACACACUCCUGGAUGUGUACACCCUACUGUCUGUAUGCAUACACAUAGACACACAUAUACACACCUGGAUGUGUACAACACACCCACUCCUGGAUGUGUACACCCUACUGUCUGUAUGCAUACACAUAUACACACCUGGAUGUGUACAACAUACACACUCCUGGAUGUGUACACCCUACUGUCUGUAUGCAUACACAUAGAUACACAUAUACACACCUGGAUGUGUACAACACACACACACCUGGAUGUGUACAACACACACACACCUGGAUGUGUACACCCUACUGUCUGUAUGCAUACACAUAGACACACAUAUACACACCUGGAUGUGUACAACACACCCACUCCUGGAUGUGUAUACACUACUGUCUGUAUGCAUACACAUACACACACAUAUACACACCUGGAUGUGUACAACAUACACACACCUGGAUGUGUACACCCUACUGUCUGUAUGCAUACACAUAGACACACAUAUACACACCUGGAUGUGUACAACACACACACACCUGGAUGUGUAUACACUACUGUCUGUAUGCAUACACAUAGACACACAUAUACACACCUGGAUGUGUACAACACACCCACUCCUGGAUGUGUAUACACUACUGUCUGUAUGCAUACACAUAGACACACAUAUACACACCUGGAUGUGUACAACACACCCACUCCUGGAUGUGUAUACACUACUGUCUAUGCAUACACAUAGACACACAUAUACACACCUGGAUGUGUACAACACACACACACCUGGAUGUGUAUACACUACUGUCUGUAUGCAUACACAUAGACACAUAUACACACCUGGAUGUGUACAACAUACACACUCCUGGAUGUGUACACCCUACUGUCUGUAUGCAUACACAUAGACACAUAUACACACCUGGAUGUGUACAACACACCCACUCCUGGAUGUGGAUACCCUACUGUCUGUAUGCAUACACAUAGACACACAUAUACACACCUGGAUGUGUACAACACACACACACCUGGAUGUGUACACCCUACUGUCUGUAUGCAUACACAUAGACACACAUAUACACACCUGGAUGUGUACAACACACCCACCCCUGGAUGUGUAUACACUACUGUCUGUAUGCAUACACAUACAAACACAUAUACACACCUGGAUGUGUACAACACACACACACCUGGAUGUGUAUACACUACUGUCUGUAUGCAUACACAUAGACACACAUAUACACACCUGGAUGUGUACAACACACCCACUCCUGGAUGUGUAUACACUACUGUCUGUAUGCAUACACAUACACACACAUAUACACACCUGGAUGUGUACAACACACCCACUCCUGGAUGUGUAUACACUACUGUCUGUAUGCAUACACAUAGACACACAUAUACACACCUGGAUGUGUACAACACACACACACCUGGAUGUGUAUACACUACUGUCUG